AAAGUAGGUGAGACUGCUUUUGUAUCCGCAAAGUGCUUCGCUUCUGAAUGUAAUUCUAGCUGAGUGCAAUCUAGGUUAAAAGCUGGACAACUGGGUAAUUAGAGCUCUCUCGCCGCCCAAGGCCCGUCAGCCGCGCCGUAGCUCAUCCUCCGAGGGCUCAGAGCCGAGCUGAGCUCUUCUCCCCGGGGUGGCAGCUGCGGGACCCGGCCGGGCAGCCCCCCGGACGCUUCUCACGCUCCCUGAGAUGAUGGUCUUGGACAAGGAAGACGGUGUGCCGAUGCUCUCCGUGCAGCCCAAGGGGAAGCAGAAGGGCUGUGCGGGCUGUAACAGGAAGAUCAAGGACCGCUACCUCCUGAAGGCCCUGGACAAGUACUGGCACGAGGACUGCCUGAAGUGCGCCUGCUGCGACUGCCGGCUCGGGGAGGUCGGGUCCACGCUGUACACGAAAGCCAAUCUCAUCCUCUGCCGCCGAGAUUACCUGAGGCUGUUUGGCACCACGGGGAAUUGUGCAGCCUGCAGUAAGCUGAUCCCCGCCUUUGAGAUGGUGAUGAGAGCCAGGGAGAACGUUUACCACUUGGACUGCUUCGCCUGCCAACUCUGCAACCAGAGAUUUUGCGUAGGAGACAAAUUUUUCCUGAAGAACAACAUGAUCUUGUGUCAGAUGGACUAUGAGGAGGGGCAGUUGAAUGGAAGCUUCGAGUCCCAGGUUCAGUAGCCCCCCGCCCCGCUCCCCGCGGCUUCGAAGCACAGUGGACCCGGCGUCCAGUCUCUUCCGCGGCCAGGACGGCCGGCCAGCUUGCCUGCAAUAUUUUUUUAAUUCUCAGUCCACAGAGGGCUCUUCAUUGUAGUCCCGUUUCCCUGCACCCAACACAAAGCAGUUACAAUUUUAGAUGUACAGUUGUGCUGACUUAACUGAGCACUGCAUUGCCUGUAUGUUCGUGAGUUUCCACGGGGCUGGGGAGGGGUCUGUACAGUCUGUUUUCUGUAUAUAAACUGGAACAUUUAUUUUAUGAGAAAUGUAAUGCAAUUUUAUUACUGGUGUGAAUUAAAAUUAUGAAUGUUUC